GAGCGGCCCGAGGCCAGGCUUGACUUGUGAGAGUUUGGUCCACCAGGCUGUUGCUUGCAGCGGGCCACAGGUUCACCUAUCAUCACCUAGGCUCAUCAUGUCCCUCACAAGCUACUGCAGCGUCUACAGGGGCUACCAGCCCUCCUACCUCAGUUCCACCCUCGCCUCCACCCGCGGCCUGGUUGACGGGGGCGGCUCUGACACGCUCCUUACCAACCACAUCGACCCGCCCAGACCGCCCUCCUUGCCCCCGCCCACUCACGAUGACCCGCCCCCGCGCCCGCCCGAACGCCCGCCCAAAAAGCCAACUUUGCGGUCUCUGUUCCACGGACCGACCGCGGAGGCGGGGUCCAGCCCCACCUCCGCUACCCGCGGUCUCAACACCACCCCGCAGGGGGAGACAGACCUGCGCAGGAUAGAAGAAUCCGCUACCGAGCUGCGCACUAUGUCUCCCGCCCGCCCAUAUUACUACCGCAAGCCGCCCGCGCCAGAUCCUCCCAAGUCUCCUGAAGCCUCUCCCACGGGCGGCAUUACCCCAGGCUCCCCCAGACACCCACGCCUCCACGCGUCUCCCACCCACGCCGCCCAUCUGGCGCCGCCCACGAGUCCCACCUCCCGCUCCUCCACCCCGGACUUGCCACCGCCUCCGCCCCCGCCUGUCACGGAAGAUGAGGUGGUGCCCAGCGACGAGCCUCUGCCACCCCCACCCACGCCCUCGGAGGUGGGCGCCCCACCCACCGAGGCGCCGCCCCUGCCCCCAGACUCCCCCCCGCGGGAGCGUCUGAUGGGCACGCCCCCUCCAGCGCCCAGAGACGCCAUGAAGACACUCAGUACACCGCAGACAUACCACAAGGACUCGUAUAUGGCUCACCGCAGGGAUUGGAAGACCGGCUUCGAGGGCCGCUACAGGAGGACCAUCUCUCCGUCAGCGUCCAAUCGCAACCUGCUCUACACCCGCGAUGACAACACCAACAACAACACUACCACCACCACUACUACCACCACCACCACAACCACCACCACAACCACCACCUCCACCAGUCCAACAGUCUCCCAACAGUUGGAGUGUGAGAGAAGGGUAUCACUCACCUCCACCACCACCUCCUCUACGCCGCCUCCGGCCGGAAUUCUCCGUUCCUUACCCUCCACCUCCUCCCUUGUCCAGAACAAUAACAACAAGAACAUAAUUGAUAACGACAACGCCGUUAAUAAUAAUGGUUGGCCAGGUCACACACGCUCUACCUCCACCACUGUAAGCUUUACUGCUGAGGAGCUGAGAGCGUUUAAAGCUCGACGGGCCCACGUUCACACCCAAGAUGCUGCCUGCUACACGUCGGACAAGGAGAACAUUCCUCGUCAGUUGCACCCAUCACAGUCUUCCCCAGCGUUGUCGUCCUCGACUCUUCACUCUAUGGCGAGCGACGGCUCGACGACCUCCCUGGCAAGCGGGGGCACCGGUUCCUCCCUGGGAUCAGGCCGCAGUGAAUCCCCAGCCUCUCCUAGCAAGUUGAGUCCUGCACAUUCCUGGCGCACCUCUUUAGACUCCCUGCACCGGCCCAACACCUCGGGAGCCUCAUAUCCCGGGUGUGUCUCCACACACUCCCCCAGGACCAUCACCCGCACCACCAGUCUAGCUGACCCUCUUCACAGUGCAGAAGAGGUGGUCAUGUUCAGCAGUGUGUCACAAGAGGCGCUUCACCUCCCUCGCACUGCCAGUAUUAAUGAAUCGCUCUCUCGUAUCACAGCCAUCAACGACUCUCUCAGUCGAUCUACCAGCAUGGCGGAAUCUCUCUCUCGCUCCAGCACCAUCGCGGAGAUCCCAACUGGUUGUUACAGUCGCAAUAACAGUGUCAGUGAAGCGCCCACCUAUCACUCUAGUCCUGCCGCCGCGCCUGCCACCAGCAGCAGCCAGGCACCGGCCUCGCCCAACUCACCAGUGCCUCACGACGGCCCCGUCACCGCUCAUCCUGCUACCGUCACGGAGGAAACGUCAGCGCUAGCUGCUUCACUUCCUCCGAAUUCACCCCUCGCUCCCUUAUCUCCACCUCCUCCAACGUCUCCUCUCUCUGCGAAGUCCCUCUCGCCUAAGUCACCAAAGUCUCCGCUAUCGCCAAACUUGCCUCUGUCACCAGCACCUCAGUCGCCGGUGAUGGAUCAAAUGGCGCCCUUCAGCAGCACGUCCCCCACUACCGUCGCCUCGCCCUCUGUCUUUCCCGUCGCCUCGCCCUCUGUCUUUCCCGUCGCCUCGCCCUCUGUCUUUCCCGUCGCCUCGCCCUCUGUCUUUCCCGUCGCCUCGCCCUCUGUCUUUCCCGUCGCCUCGCCCUCUGUCUUUCCCGUCGCCUCGCCCUCUGUCUUUCCCGUCGCCUCGCCCUCCGCCACUUCGCCCUCCGUCUUUCCCGUCACCUCACCCUCCAUGUCGCCGCCCACCCACCCCGUCGACCGCUCCCACAUCGUGGUGCUGGGGUAUGGCCGCACGCCCUACCAGGAGGAGAUUGACUGUGACCGCCUCUCCAAGGACUAUGUGCCGCAUUUCGCACUAGACACCAAGCUGCAAGCCCUACUUGCCCCUGGACCGGAGCACAAGACUGCAGCCCACUACAUGCAAGGGGUAUUCAACUUGGAGCUGAGGAAGGACUAUAUCUCGAGCACCCACGCCCACCACCCUGACCUGAGCCGCCAUCACACGCCCAGGACCAUGCCGCCCAACACCACCCAACACACCACCAACGGCGAGACCCCCAACAUUACUGAAAUGUCAAAUGAUAAAGCACCAUUACCGGCUGACUCCGCCUACUUCACAACAUCCGAGAGUAAGGCGAAGAUGUUGACACGACUGCGGGGUAGUAACAACAAUUUGCAUGAGGGAAUCACCCCUCUCACCGACCAGCAGCAACUCCAUAAGAAGAAGGAGGAGCUAGUGACAAGCAUUGGACGUAAGCUUGAAAUCCUGCGAGCUGAACGAGAAGCUAUCAAGGAGGAAAUGCGUCUCAACCAAGAGCUAGGAACAGAGGUGACAUCGAGAGUGGAGGCUAGAGCCAGGCUAGCAGAGUCUGAGAAAUAUAAGCUACAUGUUGAAGAGAUUGAUAAGAUUACUUCCCUACUUCUGGGGCUUUCAGGCAGACUUGCUCGGGCAGAAAAUGCCCUCAUUAUGCUUGUUGACGAUGCUGAUCCAGAGGAGAAGCGGAUUCUUGAGAGCAAGCGGGACAAACUGAAAGAGCAGCUAGAGGAGGCCAAAAAGCUCAAGGAGAACAUUGAUCGCAGAGCAAUACAGGUGUCUAAGGUGCUAAAUCAGUAUAUGACUGAGGAUCAGUAUGCAGAUUAUGACCAUUUUAUCAAAAUGAAGGCGAAACUCAUAAUGGACGCGAGAGAAAUAGACGACAAAAUCAAGCUGGGAGAAGAGCAACAGCAAGCGUUAAGGGAAACUAUGUUCAAGAAGCAGUGAACUUAAUGAGGUUCUUGUUGAGUGUUUAAAUGAUCGACAUUUGUAGAACGUAAUUUGAAUUCCAAGACCAUUGUAGUAAGUGUAAUAACUGCAGGUGAUGUUAAUGAACUAAAUCACUUCAAUGUGUUAAGGAAUUCAUAAUUCUACAUAGAAACAAUGUAACCAAGGAAUACAAUUUAAGAGGCAAAUUUAGAAGACAGACACAAUAUUCUUCAGCAAAGAAUGAAACUUCUGCCAAACUCGUUCAUUUACCUAGUGAUGCAAACAACUUAAGAUAUUGUUUACGAGUUUUCCCAUCUAAAAUCAGGUAUUUUGCAUUACUGUAACAGGAGAGAAUUAUGGCAUAAUGAAUACUUGUAUCUCCAAAGCCAGUAUUUCAUUAUAUAUACAGGAGCUGUAAAGUGAUAUGGGAUGAACAUUCUGCUGGCAUUUUGUGAAUGGUGUCAUAUGUGUGUUAAUAUGACUUGUGAUUUGUGUCCCAAUAUUUAUUUAUGUGCGAAAGUUAAUGUGAGGAGUAUUAGAUGAAGCACAUAAUGAACUGUAUAUUGUAGCCAGAGUUUUUAUUUGAGGAUACUAGCAGAGGCAGCAAUGCUGUCUUGCAGAACUAACAUGGACAUUUAGUGGGCACUUAAAUUCUGCAAGAAAUGGGCAUAAAUACAGUGUAAUUUUAUUUAAUAUAUUAUUAUCCUGAGGCUUUUUUCUUUUAAGUUUAUAAUCUGACAGUGCAAUGAAUAUCAUGGCAGUACUUGCUCAAAUACAUGUUUGAGUUUGCUGUUUACUUGUAAUAACAAAACACAACUCUCCUUAUAUCUCAUGGAUUCAAGGAAGAGCGUGUAUCUGUCAACCAAGUAUGUCCUGUAAGUAAAUAAGAUACGUAUUGUAUGCAUGAAGAACACCUCGUACCAUUUGGAAGACAACCAUCUUCUCUGACAUUUUAUGAUAUUCAUAUAAUGGCUUUUCUUGCGGGGUAUAGUUUGACAUCAUGUUUGACAUAUUAUGACUUCUUAUUAUCUCUGUGUAUACAGUUUUAUUCUGUGAUGCUUUUAUGCUUGGCAUGUUCUGGUAAUUUUUUCAGUUAUAUGAAUAAUUAUUAACUAAGGAAAAGCUUGUGCCCACAUUUACACACGGCUGUGCUCCCGCUCAUCUUUUUAUACUCUGCAGUCCUAUCUUUUAACACUUGCUUUAAUUACAUAAGAAGCCAAAUGGUUUUGAAGGUUGGGCAGCACAACCAAUCAUGGAAUACUUUAGUCCAUAGUAAUUUGUUUACUGUUUGUUAGUGAAUAUAAUGCCCCCACUGGCAGCUGGACAAGUGGGCCCACUAAAUGAUAACGUUUGGACAUUCAGGGUAGAUAGUACAUUUACCCAGCAAGAAUUAUUAGUGCCACAUUGUACAUAUUAGUUGUUUAAUGGAUGCCAAAAGACCGUCCUGUUCCUUGAUAUUUGUAUCUACUAACUUUGUUUAAAAGAAAUUAUUGGUUUUAUACAUUUAAGACUAGUUGCAAAGCAACAGUUCUGUUGUACAGUAGUGCUUGUUUAUAAUGUACGCCAAAUUCUAUCAUUCUUCUACCUAGAAGAAAUAAAAAUGAGUAUUAUA